CAGGAAAUCCUCUGUAUGACUUCUUCAUGGGUCGAGAGCUCAACCCUCGCAUUGGAAACUUUGACUUGAAAUAUUUCUGUGAACUAAGACCUGGAUUAAUAGGCUGGGUGGUCAUAAACCUAGGGAUGCUAAUGAAAGAAGUAGAGCUGCGCGACUCUCCAUCUCUUGCCAUGCUGCUCGUCAAUGGAUUUCAGCUCCUCUACGUGACAGAUGCUCUCUGGAAUGAAGAGGCCGUUCUUACUACAAUGGAUAUUGUGCAUGAUGGAUUUGGGUUCAUGUUGGCGUUUGGUGAUCUGGCCUGGGUUCCCUUCACGUAUAGUCUUCAGGCCAUGUUUCUGGUUGUUCACCCACAGUCACUUAGUACUCUUGGUGCCGUGGGGAUUGUGCUUCUAAAUGGAAUUGGCUAUUACAUUUUCAGGAGGUCCAACUCUCAGAAAAAUCAGUUCAGAAGAGACCCCAAGCAUAAAAGUGUAGCACACCUGGAAACUAUCGCGACAGCAACAGGAAAGCGGCUGUUGGUAUCAGGAUGGUGGGGUUUUGUCAGACAUCCAAACUACCUGGGUGACCUUCUGAUGGCCCUAGCCUGGUCCCUGCCUUGUGGAAUAUCCCACAUUCUGCCUUACUUCUACGUCAUAUAUUUCACUAUUCUGCUCAUCCACCGAGAAGCCAGAGAUGAGAAACAAUGCCGAGCCAAAUACGGAGUGGCCUGGGACACUUACUGCAGACGAGUGCCCUACAGAAUAAUCCCCUAUGUUUAUUAAUGUGGACUGAUGUGCUCUGAAUGUCCAGCAGACUUUUAUUUAGGUGAGGAAAUGGACGCAACAUCAUCAAUGGACAGCCAACAUUACAAAAUGUAUUGCGUAUUGUUUUUAUUUGCAUUAGAACCAAACAUUUUCUUUUUUUUUAUAUAUAUAUAUUCUUGUAUUAUAUUAUUAAAGAGCAUUUUAAUAUUG